GAGCGCGCGGCGGCGGCGGUGGCAGCGGCGGCCUAGUCGAGGCGGGCUCUCGGGCGGCGGCGGCCGGCUCCGGGGGUCUGCCGGAGGGGCUCCAGGCUCUCGGCUCCUGGUAGUCCCUGCUCGCAGCGGCCUCGUCGCGGUCCCGGCGGUCCCGGCGGCCGAGCGUUCGCGGGAUGCAUUGCUGCUAGCUCCCGCCGUCCUCACAGCACGCCCGGGAGGAGAGCCGAACGCCAAUGUCCAGUGAUGGAUGACGACAGCUUGGAUGAGCUUGUGGACCGAAGCCCAGGGCCAGAUGGACACCGUCGACUCAGCCCUGCUGCCCUGGCCAGCAAUGCUGAAGAAAGCAGUGAUGGCACCAGCGAGGGCUCUGAGGACGACACGGGCAGUGAGCGCAGCUACAGCACUGAUGGAGAGGACCAGUCUGGGUCCGAAGAUUCUGAAGAAGGAGGAAGAGGAGAAGAGGACAUGGAGGCGUUAGUAGCUGUGGUGGACACUCAGGGGAAGCUGGAAGACAACGGUGCAUUUAAUUCUGAUGAUGAUGCCGAGAGCUGCCCAAUUUGUCUCAAUACUUUCCGGGACCAGGCUGUGGGGACACCCGAGAACUGUGCCCAUUAUUUCUGUCUGGACUGUAUCGUGGAAUGGUCCAAGAAUGCCAAUUCCUGUCCCGUCGAUCGAACUAUAUUUAAAUGUAUUUGUAUUCGAGCCCGGUUUGGUGGUAAAAUCCUGAAGAAGAUUCCAGUGGAGAAUGCCAGAGCCGGAGAAGAGGAGGAGGAGGACCCGACCUUCUGUGAGGUGUGCGGCCGGAGUGACCGGGAGGACCGUCUGCUCCUCUGUGACGGCUGCGACGCCGGGUACCACAUGGAGUGUUUAGACCCUCCUCUCCAGGAGGUACCGGUGGAUGAGUGGUUCUGUCCAGAAUGUGCUGCGCCUGGAGCUGCUGCCGACGCCGAUGCAGGUCCUGUGAGCGAGGAAGAGGUGGCCCUGCUCUUGGCUGACGUGGUGCCCACCACCAGCCGGCUUCGGCCGCACGCAGGGAGGACCCGAGCUAUUGCCAGGACGAGGCAGAGCGAGAGGGUCCGCGCGACCGUGAACCGGAAUCGGAUCUCCACCGCCAGGAGGAUCCAGCAUGUCCCGCGGUACCUCAUGUCUUCUCUGCUGGAUGAGACCAUCGAGGCGGUCGCUGCGGGUCUGAGCACUGCCGUGUACCAGCGCCCCGUGACGCCCCGGGCCCCCAAGCGCAGGAGGAGAACAGGAAGACGGAAGAAAGCAUCAGGAAGAAGGAAAGCGCAGCCCAGGUCAUCUGUGAAGAGCAGGAGCUCUGGGGCGAGGUCUAAGAAACGCCAGGGCCGCGUGAAGAAGAGAAAGGGGAACAAGUCAAAGAAUGAAGCCACAGCUCGCUCCCGUAUCGCACGGACACUGGGCCUCCGGGGUCCGGCCUGCGGAGGCUGCAUCCCCUCUGUGCACAAGCCGGCGGAGCCCUCUCUGGGGCUGAUGCGUGCGGACAUCGGAGCGGCCUCUCUGUCGCUCUUUGGAGACCCUUAUGAGCUGGACCCCUUUGACAGCAGUGAGGACCAGUCUACAAACCCUGCUUCCCCUUUGAGCGCCAAGAGGAGGGUUCUGUCCCAGUCAGCACUGCGUUCUCACCGGCCCGUGGCCAGGCCUGUGGCCAUGGGGCUCUCCAGGAGGAGUGUUCCUGCUGCGGCGCCUGAGCCAGAAGUGGAUGAGGCCCCGGUCCCUGACCUGGUGGGGAGUAUCCUUUCGGGCCAGAGCCUCCUCAUGAUGAACGGCGCCGACAUCAUCAUCCAUCGGGACGGCUCUCUCAGCGCCAAGAGAGCAGCACCUGUUUCGUUCCCGCGGAGCGCAGGCAAGAGCACAGGCGGCUCAUCGCAAGAGGGCAAGCACCCUGGGCCCAGGGCCUGCCUGCAGCCUAGAGCCCCGUGCGCGGGAAGCGGGUUGCAGAGCAUGGGGCUGAGCUGUCGCAGUGGGCCCGCACCUUCCCGUGUCCCUGUGCUCUCAACAGGGGCGACCGUGAAACUGGACUCGUCGGUAACCCCUCCGUCAAGUCAGGCUCAGAACCCAUCAGGCGUGCGUGGGCCUGGCCUAAAGCAGAGGGACGACCCCCGAUGUGAUGGCGACAGGCCCACUCUGCCCGCCAGCGCCACACCCUCCAAGAUCUCUGGUAGCUGCUCUCACUUGCCGCCGGCUGGUGCGCUGCUGGGCCAGGCCCUGAAGCCAGCUCCCAGGAGGCCUGACAUAUCUGAGCUACCCAGAAUACCAAAGGUCAGAAGGGAGGACUGUGGCGGCAGACGGUCGGAUGCGGCCCCCACCAGUGAGCAGCGCGUCGAGAUCCCCAGCUCCUGCAUCAGCCGCCUCACGGGCAGGGAGGGCCCUGGCCAGCCUGGCCAUGGUGCCCGAGCAGAGGGCGAGCCCAGCAGCAGGGGCCCACAAGAGCCCCGGCCACACUCAGGGGGCGGCUCCCAGUCCCCCGCCUCCCUGGGGCCCUCGAAGGGGAAGGGUGUCAGCUCGACGUUCGAGAGCUUCAGGAUCAAUAUUCCUGGGAACACCGCGCAUUCCGGGAGACUCUCCAACCCUGGCUUUUGUAACACAUUCCGGCCUGUCGACAACAAGGUGCAGAGGAAAGAGAACCCCUCGCCCCUCUUCUCCAUCAGGAAGACCAAACAGCUCAAGAGUGAGAUCUACGACCCUUUUGACCCUACAGGCUCCGACUCCAGUUCUGCCGGCAGCAGCCCCGAGCGCCUGGGCUCUGGUCUCCUACCCUCCGAGAUCACUCGCACCAUCUCCAUCAACAGCCCAAAGGCCCCAACAUUGCAGACUGUGCGCUGUGUAACCUCCUACACAGUGGAGACAGUCUUCGGGGCCGAGCCCGAGCCCCCGAGGAGGCCUUCUUCCGGUGUGCUCGAGCUCCGGGGCGAGGGGGCUCCCGAGGAGGCCUCCGACCUGAAGCGAGAGGGGCUGGGCCAGGGGGCUGCUGAGGGCCGGGGCUCGGCCUCCCGGGCGCAGAGGCCGUCCCCAUCCGAGCCGUGGGAGGACAAGGACCAGCUACCCUGCAGUACUUUCUUUGGCUCCGAGGAGCGGACAGUGACCUGCGUGACUGUGGCAGAGCCAGAGGCCCCACCCAGCCCGGACGCGCCACAGACAACCACCCACAGAAUCGUGGAGCUCAGGUCCCCGUCUUGCUCCCGCUCCACGUCCAGCUCCCGUGGCAGGAAGAAAGCCAAGAGGAAGCGGGCCUCUGCCAGGGAGCACCGGAGGACCCGCUCGGGCUCCCACUCGGGCUCCCGCUCUGGGGACAGGAGCUCACGGUCCGUGUCUCCACCGGUGGGGGAGGACCACCCCAAGAGGCAGCAGACCAAGUCCCGGGGCCGGAGGUCUUCUAGUGACCACUCCAGCAGCCACGAGCGAGCUAAGCGGAAGAAGGCGAAGGAGGAGGGCAGGAGGAGGAAGAGGGACUCCUGGGGUCACGGCCGGCGGAGGUCCAGGUCCCGCUCAGGCAGCCCGGGGAGCUCGUCCCAUGAACGCAGGGAGAGCAGGAGAAGGAAGCGGAGGCGGUCGGGGUCCAGGUCUCGGGGGAGGGAGUGCUCACCCGCCAGCAGCCUGGACAGAGCCCGGAGACACCGGCACCCGAGGGAGAGGAGCCGGGAGCGGCCCCGCAUCAGGUGGGGCUCCCACGAGAGGAGGAAGCGGAGGUCCAGGUCACCGAGGUCGCCAAGCACGGAGCACAGGUCCCGGGAGCACCAGCGGCCUCGUUCCCAUGAGAAGCGGCCAAGGCCUCGUUCCCCGGAGAGGAAGUUGGCAGCUGCUCCCCAGGAGGAGCAGAAGCCUGACAGGGAGCAGCCAGCCAGGCCACCGGCCUCAGUGGGAGCAGAUGCCUCACCGGCGGGGGCUGAGACUCACAAGGUGGCUGUGGAGGUCCCAGCUGAGUGUCCGCCCGAGGACCUUGAUUACGGUGACUCUGUGGAGGCGGGGCACAUCUUUGAGGAUUUUUCAAGCGAAGUCUUCCUCAUGCAGCUUGAUGACAUGAGCUCCCCGCCCUCCCCGGAGAGCACGGACUCCUCCCCAGAGCGAGACUUCCCACCCAACCCUGCCGUGCCGCCCGCCAGCCAGCAGCAGGACGCCAGCCUGGCCGUGGCUGUCAUCCGACGGGAGGUGUCCCUGAUCCAUGGCGAAGAUGCCGCACAGCCCCCGCCCCAGGCGCAGGGCCCCGACGAGAAGCCCCUGCUCCAGCAGGAUGCAGCUGGGGCCGGCUCAGUGCCCAGCGCCCUGGGGAGCCAGGCUGUGGGCGGGGUGCCCGUGGGAAAGGAGGAAGGCCCCUCGCAGACCCCCUUGCUGCGGGCCAAAGCCCUGGUGAAGAGAGUCACCUGGAACCUCCAGGACGCGGAGAGCAGCGCCCCUGCCGAGGACCGAGGCCUGCGGACGCCGCUUCACAGGCCUCAGAAGCCCCGGGAAGGGGUCUGGGAAGCAGAGGACAUGGGCCCCUCGGUGGGCUUCCAGCAGACAUCCUUCUCUGAGCCCCCUCCCCCCGGCUAUGCGCUUCCAGAGUCUGGCUUCCCUGACGCUGAGCCCUCUCAGGUUUAUACGUCCAACCUGCCUCCCGCCCCAGCUCUGCCCGUGAGCCUCCCACCCUACGCACCGGCCAGCCAGCCCACAGUGCAGUUCAUCCUGCAGGGGAGCCUGCCCCUGGCCAGCUGUGGGGUUGCACAGAGCCCGGCCCCCGUGCCCACCUCCCUGGCCACGGCCUCGGAGCCAGCCGGCCACUCCACUGGUGCCAGCAACUCCGAGGAGAGGACGGCCGCUCCCAGGCCUGCCGCAGAGAAGGCCAAGAAUGAGGAGUACAUGAAGAAGCUGCACAUGCAGGAGCGGGCAGUGGAGGAAGUGAAGCUGGCCAUCAAGCCCUUCUACCAGAAGAGGGAGGUGACGAAGGACGAGUACAAGGACAUCCUCCGCAAGGCGGUACAGAAGAUAUGCCACAGCAAGAGCGGGGAGAUCAACCCCGUGAAGGUGGGCAACCUGGUCAAGGCCUAUGUGGACAAAUACAGACACAUGCGCAGGCACCGCAGGGCCGAGGCUGGCGAGGAGGCGCCCGCCCAGGGCCCUGAGAGCUGAGGGCAGGGAGAGCGGGGGGCGAUGGCCCCCGUCCCCAAGCAAUUCUGUUGGGAGUGGCAGAAGCAGAAAACUCUGAAGACACCCAGCCAGCACUCCUGCAUUCAGGGUUCUGUGAUCACACGUGCUCUGUGCACUGGGCCUGCUCACAGUUUAAAACUGGACUUUUUUAUAUGUAUAUUAUAGAUACACACUGUUUCCAUUGUGUUCUAAUUUAUCAAAAAUGGAUUAUCUUUAGAAACUUGUUGAUUGACUCAGUACUUGAAAGGUGAAGCCUCUGGCGAUCGGGAGGGGCCUGGGGGGUGGAAGGAGCCCCCGACUCCCCUCACAGGUGCCCGAUGUCCUGCCCUGUGUAAUAAGGGAAGGCCACUCCCGGCUUCGCUGUCGUGGCUGUAAAGAACGCUCGUGUGUGCUGCCUCCCAGCAGGCAGCGCAGUGCUUGGAUUGGAAGGCGGGGCCCUGCGCACAGCUGGGUCGGCCGCUUGUGGUGCCCACCCCCCAGCACACCUGCCAGGAGCAAACACCUGCUGUCCCCAGAGCGUUUUGUAUUCUUUGAGUAGAGUUUGUUGGCUCUAAA